AUGUUCCACUAUCGAUUUAUUUUGAAAAAUAAACUGAUCGUGCUAAAUAUGGCUUCAUUGGUCAAUAGUCUCGUUGAUAGAGCAGUUGAUUCUACAGCUAAUAGUAUAAAUCCGGCUGCAGUUAUACCACCAUCGAUGAUAUCAUUUGUUGAUAAUGAAAAGAUCAAUUUACAACAAAUAGCAAGUAAUUUUUUAGCACGACAUUUUGAAUUUCGAACAAAAGAUCAUGAAAAAACCCUAAAUGUUGUUCAACUUAUGUCAGAAUAUGUUGGUAAUUUUUCUACACCGAUUUGUUAUCUCCAAUUUUAUUUGAAACGUGCAGGAAGAUUUAUUCAAUUUGCUGAAGAAUUAGGACCGUUAAGUGGUAGUGAAGAAGUUCAUCGACUUAAUUGUAUACGUAUUUAUAAAAAUUUUAUUCAACAUUAUUCAGAAUUGAUUGGAGCUGUUCAAACUCAUGAAAGUGCAUGUGGUGGACGUUUAUUUCGACGUUCUGUUGAACGAAUGCAACCUGAAAUUGCUCAUGUACCAAUGAAUUUACAUUUACAACAAUUAUUAGUUAGUAGUGGAGAUGAUCCUUCACAAAGAUCAAUUUAUAAUACGGUUACAUUAGGUGCACCUGCUGUACAUCAUUCUCGUUUUACUCAUGGUGGUCUUGCACGAAUAAAAGCUAAUGAACGUGAAACAAAUGAACGUUUAUGUUAUUUACAAGAAAAAUUACAAGAUGUUCUCAUUCUGAAUAGUGAUAUUGAUGAUGCACUUGAUCAUUUAACAAAAAUUAUUGAAAGUCCAUCAACACAUAUAGAACAUUCUGUACUUAAAUUAUCUCUUCAAAGAGUUAUUCAAGCUGUUGUCUCUUUACUUGAAUAUUCAAGCAAAGAUCUUGAUAAAAUAGCUAGUUCAUCAUCACGAAUAGUUGUUAAUCCAUUGGUAUCAAAAGUAUCUGCUGAAGAAGUAUCUGCAUCACAAGAUACUAUACAUGACAAAGCAAAAAAACUUUUAGAAGAAAUCAAAGAAUCAAUGAAGAAAGAUGAACAAACAUUUGGAAUGACACAAUUAAAUUAUUUAAAAUCUAUUGCUGAUGAACUUGAACGUCAUACAUGUAAACAUAUAAUGCGAUAUAUAUUUAAAGAAAGUAUGGAAAUUGAACGUUAUUCUCAAGUUUAUCGUGAACGUUUUGAUAUUGCUUUUUCUCAGGCGUUAACUUGUCUUAUAUUCUCAAUCACUGUUCUUCUAUCAUCUGUUAAAAUAAGUGAUCAAGCAUGGCAACUUUACAUAAACAAUGGUGAGUACAUAGGCAUGCGAGAAAAAUGUAAAUGA